AUGCAGCAGUCAACAUACCAGGGCCACCGGGCCCAGCCAAACUACUACUCUAUUCCCUCCGGCGCCAGCAGGAGUACCGGAGAAGACGCGGGGGUUCCUCUUUCCUCGGCGCCGUACGGAAUGCAUGGAGGUAUCUCGUCUAUGCUCUCUUCCAACGGCGGAGGAGACAGCAGCAGCAUGGGAUCAAACCAACAAUCACUAGCAUCACAGUUGCCAUCAACCAUGCCAACCUCAAACUCUCACCUGCCGCCGCUGCCGACCUUGUCACACCUGUCUCCUCAACUCACCACGCCCUUGCCGCAAAACCAGUCAUCUUUAAACCACCAUGCCGCCGUUUCUCAGGUAUCCGAGACCCCCCACAGCUCAUCGCCAGAGACCUACCGCCAGCCGAGUUAUUCUUCCUACAACGGCAGCCAUGCAUCUUCAUAUUCGGGAAAUUCCAAUUUCCCAAACAGCCACGCCCCAACAUCUUCACUGCGCUCGCCACCGUCUGCGUCCGAAAUCUCACGAGGCCCGUCAGUUUUACCGGCGGCUCAAUCACACCUGUUGUCGCCAUCUCCAAUGGCGCCGAAUUAUACAUACUCACGAGGGCCUGCCCAACCCUCGCAGAACCAGUACCACUACCAACCGCAGAUGAUGACGCCGGCCGCGGGCCAUACAUAUGGUGCAUCCUCGAUGAUGGGUCACAUGGUUUACCAUCCUGGGUUUUCGCCGCAGCAUGCAAUCUAUCCCCACCCGCCUUCUGACAAGUCAAACUCCGCGCGGCCUUUCAAGUGCAGUACAUGCUCGGUAGCGUUCAACCGGAACCAUGACCUCAAGCGUCACACGCGCAUCCACUUAUCAGUCAAGCCUUUUCCUUGCAAAUCAUGCGACAAGGCCUUUUCCAGGAAAGACGCGCUCAAGCGGCAUCGACUUGUGAAAGGCUGCGAGGCAGAGCCAGAGAACAAGAGCAACAACGAGGAAAAGUCACCCUCCCAAUCCAAGCGGAACUCGGAGUCGAGGAGCGUUAGUACUGAGCUGUCGCCGCACUCGAUAGCCCCGCCGGUAUACAGCUUGAAAGGCGACUACCCGUACAUGAAGCAGGAUGCCUACAUCAAGCAUGAGUCUUUUAUCAAGACCGAGUGA